AAUGAUAUAACUUUGUUUUUCAUUCUGGUGGAGUUAUAAAAGGAAGAGAAAACUCAUCCCAAGUCUCAUCCGAGGAUUCUCACUAGUGACAAAAUUUUGCAAGAUGGCCGACACAGAGCUGGACGUUGAUAACUUAAUUUCUCGCUUACUAGAGGUGCGAGGAUGUCGGCCAGGAAAAAGCGUACAGAUGACAGAAGCAGAGGUUCGAGGUCUAUGUCUCAAGUCCCGGGAAAUUUUUCUACAGCAGCCCAUCCUCCUUGAACUUGAAGCUCCUUUAAAAAUCUGUGGUGAUAUCCACGGACAGUAUACAGAUUUACUGCGUCUGUUUGAAUAUGGCAGCUUCCCUCCAGAGUCCAACUACUUGUUCCUUGGAGACUAUGUAGAUCGUGGGAAGCAAUCUUUAGAGACCAUCUGCCUUCUAUUAGCAUACAAGAUCAAGUAUCCAGAGAACUUCUUCCUGCUACGAGGCAACCACGAGUGUGCAUCAAUCAACAGAAUUUAUGGUUUCUUUGAUGAGUGUCGGCGAAGGUAUGGUACCAAACUAUGGAAGACAUUCACAGACUGCUUCAAUUGUCUUCCCAUUGCUGCUAUUAUUGAUGAGAAGAUAUUCUGCUGUCAUGGAGGCUUAAGUCCCGAUCUACAGAGUAUGGAACAGAUCCGUCGAAUCAUGAGGCCCACAGACGUACCUGACACUGGCCUACUGUGUGAUUUAUUAUGGUCAGACCCAGACAAGGAUGUGCAAGGUUGGGGUGAGAAUGAUCGAGGAGUUUCCUUCACAUUUGGAGCUGAUGUUGUCAGUAAAUUCUUGAAUCGACAUGACUUGGAUUUAAUAUGCAGAGCACAUCAAGUUGUUGAAGAUGGGUACGAGUUCUUUGCUAAAAGGCAGUUAGUUACAUUGUUUUCUGCCCCAAAUUAUUGUGGGGAGUUUGAUAACGCUGGAGGGAUGAUGUCUGUAGAUGAAACAUUGCUCUGCUCCUUUCAGAUUUUAAAACCAUCAGAGAAGAAGGCAAAGUACCAGUAUAGCGGACUAGCCCAAAACCGUCCCAAUCCUCCUAACCGGCAACAACGGCCGCAACAAAAAAAUCUUGUGAGACUUUGGGGUGAUCAUCCAUUCCCUGGAAGAUGUUCAGGUAUGGAUGCAUAUGAAGAGCUAUCAGACGUUUUUCCAAAUGCAGUACAAGUCAUCAGGGACAUAAAGAAUGCCAGGUCAGUGCAAUUGGGUAGAGUCUGUUUCAUGCUUACCAGAUGGAAGGCUAAGCCUCUACCAUUCCUUGAAGAAAAUGACUCAUCUGUGUUAAGUGCUUCAUAUAAAUAUAUUAAUUUACCAUGUCUCUGUAUACCUGAUAACUUGUAUCACCUCAGUUUUGGAAGAGCAUUGGGUAAUUCUUUAAAUGCCUUCCCACAGUGUUGUUCAUCUCUAAAAAAUUCAAGGAGUAUAUAAAAAGUGAAAAACAACUUUCAUAUUUAUUUUCAUAUUGAUUAAAUAUCUUGGGAAUUGGAAUAUUGGCUACUGGGAAGGGACAAAAUUUUUCUACAUAAUCCUAAAAUCCAUAAUACCAGAUCUAUAUGUAUUGUAUAUUAGUGGAUAUUUUCUAUGCCUUGGAUGUUUGUAAAAAAAAAAAAAAAGUAUUGUCAGGUUAAAUAAUGUCUGUACAUUUGAAAUUUACUCAGGAGUGUGAAUUGCCAUACCUCAUCAUGGUACAGUAUUUCAUUCACUUGUCAGGGCAGCAGCAAUGAAGUAUCACCUCAGUAUCAAUGUGGGACCAGUGUCACUUAGAGGAAACCAUUCCUUAAAUCAUGCUAUUAGCUAGACUACAGUUCUCUUUAAUCCCUUUAAAAAAUUAAAAUAUUUGUUUUGUCAAGAACUAUUAUUGGUUUACAAUUAUAACUUGUUAUACCCUUUGGUGUUAAAAAGAGCAUGUGAAAGAUAAAAAUAAUGCCUCUAAUUUUAGUUACAACUGAAGAAUUUGGGCAUGAGGUUCAUGAUGACAGUGGCUUGAACCUACCCUGUGAAGUUCUAAGCCAGAAAUAAGAAUAACUCUAAUCAUAUGCAAUGUUUCCUGUGUACCACAAGGAAAGUUCAAACUAAGUUAUUCUUGUAAUUGUAGAAAAUACUGAAGCUUCACAACUUGUAGCCCUUGUGGCUUAGCGCUUCUUUUUGAUUAUAAUAAUAAUUCACAACUUGUACGAGUUCUUACAUAGAGAGAAAUAGCAUAUAAUUGACAGGUAUGUUGUUAGACUCAGGUACUGCUGUUGGUCAUUGGUGUUCAGAACAAUCCAGGUAGCAAAAUUUGUUUGAUUAAAAAAAACAGUCUUAUCCUAGGUAAAUUAUCCAGUAUUUCCUGGCUCUUUUGUAUAAUAUUGAAAGCCACCAAAUUUUACCAUAUUAAAAGCUUAGCAGUCAAGCAAUGAUGCUUUGUUCUAUGCAGUAGGAAUAAGAUAAAAUUCUUGUAGUUAAAUUUGAUAUCACUAUGUGUUGCCUUAAUGUGUUAGUGUAUAUAGUGUGUGUAUAUUACCCUGUGUACAGAAACUAAUUUUCUAGCAGUGCAACUUAUAAUGUGAUGGUUGAGCUUGUAAAUACACAAGUUUGCCUGUUUGUUAUUGGACAGUCUUCAUUACGGUCUCACUCACUUUUUUGACAUUGGUUACAAUUUUGGGAAUCUUAUUUUGUAAAAAGCUUAGUCCAUAAUUUAUAGGCUCAGCCUUGGAUUUGAUGGUGUCCAUCAAUAAAUGCAGAUGAAAGUUGGGACUUAUUGACUAUGAAUAUCAUACAAUAAGCCAUCAAGGUCUUAUUUUUUCAUAUGCAGGACAGAUUAGAUAUAUAAUACUCUUAUGACUUUUUUCCUUUCUCCACUAAAAAAAAAUUAAUGUUCUAAACAUGGAGUUACAUUUUAAUUUUCACACUAUAUGUGAUUAUGGCCAAAUUCAUUAGCAGCAUACAGUGUAUGCUGUAAAUAAUAAUCAGAAAAAGCCUGGGGAGCUGGAAAAAAAAAAUUGAAUGUCUGGGAUCUGAUAUGUUUUACUAAAACCAUGCUUUAUGCAAAUUACUGUAUAUCAAAUUACAUUUUACCAUAGACUCCCUUUAUGUAAUUGCAAACAGCACUCAAGAGGGAAAAUAAAAUUUUCACCCUAAAAAUUGCAGACAUGACAAUAGAGACUUAAGCAAUAAGUUCACUGGCUAGACAGUGAUGGCUUGUGUUACAACCUUUAAUACAGCAUCAUCAUUCCAUCAUACUCCUCCCCUCCAUGCUUUUUUUUUUUUUUCCUUCAGAGGUAGCUUUUUCACUUGGCUCCUCCUCAUAGGAGGAAAUGAAAAAACAGACUCUUCAACCUUAUGCCUUUCUCUUCCUCUGAUGUGUAUUUAUGCACAUGUAAUGCACGAAUUAGUCAUAUGGCCACAUCAGAAAAAAGUGCACAGUUUCCAUUGAUUCUAGGGUUCUGUGUUCUUGGUGUGGAUCACUUCCUGUAGUGAUUGUUACUUAGGUAUAUCUACUGCUACUUAGCUACAUUUAGGCAUUGCAGAAAAUGAACCUGUACGAGUGGUUGUAAGAUUAACUAUAACCGUUGCUGUGCCACAAGCCACUAUAACCUUACAAAAUUAGUUAUGUACUAUAUCACUAUCCAAGGGUUUCAUAUAACAAAGAUUUUCACUAAUGUAUCAUCAGUUGUAUUAUACUAUAUAUAUAUACAUUGUACAACAAAAUUUUGUUAAUCAGGGAUUCUCUGUACCAUUAAAACAACUAAGAAUAUACAUUCUGAGAAGAGACAGAUUAAAACAUUAUAUGCUACUAUAAUACA